AUUAUUAGUAGGAUAAAAAAGUAAGCAAAGCCUACACUUAAUGUCAUGUGAUCCAUAAAGUCUUUUGAUCAUUAACCGGCCAGAUUGCAUGGUGGGAUCUAUGUAGCCGACUUCACCUAGUAGGAUAAGGAUUUUGUUGUUAUUGUUGUUUUCCAUUUCUAUUGGUUUUCAAUGUCAUCAUCCAUGAAUAGAAUCUGACUAAUGGUGUGAAGGAGGACACAACAUUGGCAAAAUCGGUUGUGACUUCAUUCAGCAAAGGCUGUACAACUUUCAAGGCACAGGACAGCCAGACCCCAGCAUCCCCCUUGAUUUCCUUCGUCAGAUGAGGCUAAACUGCCCAGAUAGCAAGAACAGCAGCACAAGUGUAGACGAGUUUACGAUCUCCAAAAUGGGGAUGUCAUACAUGCAAGCACUCUCAUCUUCAGUUUCAUCAGGAGCAUCAUUUGACACUCACUACUACCAGAGCCUGCUAAGAGGAAGAGGGCUUCUUUUCGCCGAUCAGCAGCUGAUGGCCGAGGAGAAAACCGCUAGAUUGGUCUCUGCUUAUGCUUCAGAUGAUGGAUCAACCUUUCGCAUGGACUUUGCCAGGGUCAUGUUGAAAAUGUCUAACCUUGAUGUUCUCACUGGACUUCAAGGCCAGGUUCGAGUCAAUUGCUCACUACCUGUGUCUUCUUAAGAGUGAGUAUCUAUGUUCCUUCUGUUUUGGCAGUUCAGAUGUUUCAUUGUUUUCUACACUUUGGUAUAUCAAAUUUGAUUCCUAACAGAGAAUAUAUACAUUUGAGGCUAGUUUUGGUUAUGUAAAGUGGCUGUGAGUUACAAAACUUAUGGAUUUUG